CAGCUCCCCCCUUUCCCUCGAAAAAUUCCCCAAUCUCGCGUUCCUCUCGUCGCGUCGAUCGAUCGAUCGAUUUGGGGCGGAUCCUCUCGCCUCCUCAAGAUGCAGAUCUUUGUGAAGACACUGACCGGCAAGACUAUCACCCUCGAGGUGGAGUCGUCUGACACCAUCGAUAACGUCAAGGCUAAGAUCCAGGACAAGGAGGGCAUCCCCCCGGAUCAGCAGCGUCUCAUCUUUGCCGGCAAGCAGCUGGAGGACGGCAGGACCCUUGCGGACUACAACAUCCAAAAGGAGUCAACCCUCCACCUUGUCCUCCGCCUCCGUGGUGGCAUGCAGAUCUUCGUAAAGACUCUGACUGGCAAGACUAUCACCCUCGAGGUGGAGUCUUCUGACACCAUUGACAACGUCAAGGCCAAGAUCCAGGACAAGGAGGGCAUCCCCCCGGAUCAGCAGCGUCUCAUCUUCGCUGGCAAGCAGCUGGAGGAUGGCAGGACCCUGGCUGACUACAACAUCCAGAAGGAGUCGACCCUUCACCUUGUUCUCCGCCUCCGUGGUGGCAUGCAGAUCUUCGUCAAGACUCUGACGGGCAAGACCAUCACCCUCGAGGUGGAAUCUUCUGACACCAUUGACAACGUCAAGGCUAAGAUCCAGGACAAGGAGGGCAUCCCUCCGGACCAGCAGCGUCUUAUCUUUGCUGGCAAGCAGCUUGAGGAUGGCAGGACCCUUGCUGACUACAACAUCCAGAAGGAAUCGACCCUCCACCUUGUCCUCCGUCUCAGGGGAGGCAUGCAGAUCUUCGUCAAGACUCUGACCGGCAAGACUAUCACCCUUGAGGUGGAGUCUUCUGACACUAUCGACAAUGUCAAGGCCAAGAUCCAGGACAAGGAAGGCAUCCCCCCGGACCAGCAGCGUCUCAUCUUUGCUGGCAAGCAGCUCGAGGAUGGCAGGACCCUUGCUGACUAUAACAUCCAGAAGGAGUCCACCCUCCACCUGGUGCUCCGUCUCCGUGGUGGUAUGCAGAUCUUUGUCAAGACCCUCACAGGCAAGACGAUCACUCUGGAGGUUGAGAGCUCAGAUACCAUCGACAAUGUGAAGGCCAAGAUCCAGGACAAGGAAGGCAUCCCCCCGGACCAGCAGCGUCUCAUCUUUGCUGGCAAGCAGCUCGAGGAUGGCAGGACCCUUGCUGACUAUAACAUCCAGAAGGAGUCUACCCUCCACCUGGUGCUUCGUCUCCGUGGUGGUAUGCAGAUCUUUGUGAAGACAUUGACUGGGAAGACCAUCACUUUGGAAGUUGAGAGCUCGGACACCAUUGAUAAUGUGAAGGCCAAGAUCCAGGACAAGGAGGGGAUCCCCCCAGACCAGCAGCGUCUGAUCUUCGCCGGCAAGCAGCUGGAGGAUGGCCGUACCCUCGCCGACUACAACAUCCAGAAGGAGUCUACCCUUCACCUGGUGCUCCGUCUCCGUGGUGGUCAGUAAUCUGCCAGCUUGGUGAAGCUGCUGGUGUUCCUGGUCGUCCCGUGCCUCUGUUCGUCAAGUAUUAGUGGUGCUGAUGUCUACUUGUGUCUGCCUCACCGUACCAUCGAGUCCCUAUGAUGUGUUGGUUUUAUGAAACAGUUGCUGUGGCACAGCAGUUUGGGUUAUGAAUAAGUGGGAUUUGAACUUAUGCGUUCAGUUCGCUCA